AACAACGAACACAACCCAUUGAGACCUCUUCAAUCCUCUCACGCACUCCUCACAAUCAUGGCACCCAAUAUGAGUCUCUUCUCCGUCAACGCCAUCCUCCUCCUCUCCACCGACGACAACUCGCGCAUCCUCGCGAAAUACUACAGUCCACCACACAUCCCGCAAGGCGCUCAGGGCAACAACUAUCCCGGCGCGAAUCCAUACCCGACCGUGAAAGAGCAGAAAGCAUUCGAGAAGGGAUUGUUGGAGAAGACGGCCAAGCAGACGAGCGAUGUCAUCCUCUACGACAACCGUGUGGUGGUGUUCAAGAUGGAGCAGGAUGUCAUGAUGUAUGUGGUUGGAGGCGCGGAGGAGAAUGAGAUUAUGCUGUACAAUGUGGUUUUGGCGUUGAGGGAUAGUUUGACGAUCUUGCUGAAAAACUCCGUGGACAAGCGCACCGUGAUUGAAAACUACGACCUGGCCUCCCUCUGCAUCGACGAGAUUGUCGACGACGGCAUCAUCCUCGAGACCGACCCAGUCGUCAUCGCAAGUCGUGUCAGCCGUCCUCCACAACAGGAUAUGCCCAACAUGCAAGGUAUUGAUCUCAGCGAGGAGGGAUUGUUGAAAAUCUACCAAUUCGGAAAGCAAAAGUUGGGCGAGAGAUUACGGCAAGGACUUUGAAGAGCUGGGUAU